AUGUCAUUAAAGGGGAUAAUUUAUGAAUAUGAUACAGUCAAUCAUUUAAUAGCUUUUUCUUCUAACAUAAAAUCGAAAACAAAUAUUAUUCUUGUCGGAGGAUUGUAUCAUAAUCUUUUAUCUUUGCCAUAUACAAAGACUUUAUAUCGCAUGACUAAGAAAAAAAAUAUAAAUCUUAUAAUCCCUCAAUUUAGAUCGCAUCCCAAUUUUGGUAUAUACUCGAUAGAUAAUGAUGUAACUGACUUAUCUAAUGUUAUUAAAGACUUACAAGGAGAUAUUAUUCUAUUAGGGAAUUCCACUGGUUGCCAAGUCAUAAUGUUAUACAUAAACCUAUAUGUAGAUUUAAGGAUUAAAUUAUGUAUUUUGCAAGGUGCAGUAUCUGAUACAGAAUAUUUUGAAUACAAAUAUAAAAUUAACAGUCAAAUUCAAAAUGAUAAAUUAUUUUAUUUUGAGAAUGUAGUUUAUACAAAGGAAAGAUUUAAAAGUUUAUAUUUUAGAUAUAACAAAGAAGAUUUAUUUUCUUCUUAUUUAGAUGAUGAUCAUUUUAAAAAUUUGAAUAAGAAUAACUACAAGCUAAUUUUUGUCAUAUCUGGAAAUGAUGAAUAUGGAAUCAAAGAUAUAAAAGAAAAAUUUAAUAAAGUUACAAACUCUGAGGUAAUAGUAUUUGAAGGUGGUGACCAUUUUUUAAAAGAUAAAGAAUCUCAGAAAAAGCUUAUAAAAUUAAUAAAAAAGCAUUAA